UUUGGUUUAAAAAUCGACGCGCAAAAUGGCGUAAACGCGAGCGUCACUUGGACGCCCUUCGAGGCAGCCUCAGCCAGCAUCCUUUCGGUCCGCUGAUGCUGGCCAACGGAGCCGCGGCCGCAGCUGCAGCCGCCGCCGGUUUCCAUUCAUCACCCCCACCCCCACCCCCACCACCAGCACUUAUUCCGCAUGUUGCGUCGACGAGUCAAGCUUCGCGUCUGCCGUCGCCGUCGCCGGGGCCGGAACAGUCCCUUCCCACCAUCCUCCAACAGACGCCAUUCCAGCCCACCUACCCGACCUUCCAGCAGACGCCGUCUCAGAAGCCCAACCAUCCGUCGCUGCCGUUGUCUCUGCCAUUGCCGCUUCCGCUGCCGUUGCCGCCACCACAUCAGCAGCAGCAACAACAACAACAACAACAACAACAACAACAACAGCAGCAGCAGCAGCAAAACUUAUCUGCUUUUCCCCUCCAUGCCAGUCCCUUGCCCUCUCAUCUUCACUGUUCUGGCCAUCCUCAGGCGCACUACACCAAUCAGCAGCAUUAUCAGCAUCAGCAGCAGGAAGCCCAACCUCCACAGCAACACGAGCAUCACCUCCCGACAGGACAUCUGCCCUCUGGCGGGCAUUCGUUCAUCAAACCGCCAGUUGGCGCGCUGGCAUUCGCCGCCUUCUCGCCCCACCUCAACGGCCACUCCGGCCUCGCACCGGCAGACGGACUCGCUCCCACGACGCUGAAAGACGUCUCCACGGACGUCCUCGCGCCGUUGGUCUACGCCACGUCGCCCCACGUCGACCGGCUGCAGUUGCCCUUCGGACAGGCCGGCCUCUUCACGAUCGACUAUCCCAACCCGGCUUCAGCGUCGCCGUCGACGUUGCCGUCGGAGACGGCAGCA